UUAUACGCCACAUAUUUUAAGACCAUAAUCGUCCAUAACCAUAAUUUAUUUAAAAUUUAUUAAGAAUAGUUGAUAGGUUGAUAUAAUAGUGGAAAUAUAUUAAUUAUUAAAAAUGAUUGGACAUAUCGAGGCAGAAAAAAAGCGUUUAUUAUCAUUGAAAAGAAAAAAAGAAGCAUUUAAAGUUAAAGAGCAGCUUAUUCGUGACGCAUUAAAAGGUUUGGAUAAUAAAAAAGCAAAUAAUAAGAUCGUCUUCGACGAUAGCAUUGAAAAAAAUAUUGCUACUGAAAAAGAAGAGAAAAAAUGUAAGAUUUUAUUUGAUAAUGAAGAUGACGACGAAGAAGUUACUUGGAACGAUGAUAAAUUCAAAACGAAAAAAGAUUUGGACGAAAAGUAUAUAAAAUUACAAGCAAGUUUUGGUAAUGACUCUCGGUUUACCUUGGACAAUCGUUUUAUCGAAGAAAAUGUACAGAAUGAGGAAGGUAAAGAAGUCAAUGAAUGUGACUUAGAAAAUGAAAAAGAAUGGCAAUUUAAUAUACUAGAAGACGUUUUGGGUGCACCGAUUGCGACAAAGCUUAAAAAUGAAGAAACAGUCAAAAAAUUUGCAAUGAUACGAUAUGAUCCAACGGAGGACAAACAUAAACAAUACGAACUUACAAUGGAAGAAAAUAAGUCUAGUGCAAAGACUAAAAAGAGAAAGAAAAAAAUAGAAAUUGGAGUAGAAACCAACAAAGAUGAACCGGUUGUAGUAUCAAAGGAUGUAUAUUAUUCGGUGUCCGAUUCAUUGACCAAGAGUUUAAAUCAACAACAAGGAGAAUUUAGUUUAUUGAAGACAUAUGGAAAGGACAUAGACGAAACUGAUAAAAAAAAUGUAGCAGCAGUCAGUACAAAAAUUAACGAAGAAAUGCCCAAAAAGCAAAAAUCGUUUUUAAAUUUCGACUCGGCAAACCCGUUUAAAUACGAUUCAUCGGAUGACGAAAAUGGUAUUAAAUUGGAUAUUCAACGGUUAAGAGAUCACAAAGAAGAGAAAGAAUCAAAUCAUUUAUUUGUAAAAGAUAGCGAUAAUUUCUUCUUUUCAAGGAAUGAUAGACGCUUCGAAGAUGCCUUGGAUUUCUUUAAAAAGGAAUUUGCUCCGAAUAACGAAUUUAAAAAUUUGAGACGUGAAUUGAAACAAAUCGUACGUGCGAAAGUUCGUAAGAACGUUAAAAGGACUGAAAAAUGGGGAAGUAGAAAAAAAAUUAAAAAACUAUUAUAAAUUAUAUAAAGAGAGGAGGAGUUAUAUAUUUUUGCAAUGAUAUUAUUUGAUAAAGGCAAGUUACUUAAGAUAUACUGUAUAAUUGUACAGCUGCAAAGGUUCGUUGUACAAAAUUACACGAUAUUCGGAAUCAUUUUUCUAUUACACAUCCACAUGCGCACAACCCACAGAUGUUUCUACGAGCAUGCUUUGUUGUAUAAUUAUCAUUUAUUUUUUUAUCAAACCACAUAGUAAAAUCGUAUAAAAUAUUAUUAAUCUAUCACCAAUAUUCUGCAAUCAAUUUAUAUAAUUAUAAUCGUACACAUAUAACGUACAUAUAUUAAGUUUCGAUGAUAACUAUUGCACCUCAAAGGAUAGUAGAUAGUAGGACGUAGAUGAAAGGGAAGGUAGUCUUAAUAUAUAAUAAUUAUCAUAACUUAAGUUGAUAAAUUUCUUACGCAAUAAUCCCUGUGACAAAAUGAUUAUAAAAAAUAUAUUUAGUUUUUCCUAUGAUAUAUCUUUCUCAAUAUAUCAGAAAAGAAAUUCUGUGGUAAGCUGUUUGGUAGUUGUUUUAUGUGGGCCAUAAUCAGAUUAUAUGUUUCCUUUUCAAAUAUGGAAUAAGCGUUUGGCAAAUCUAAAUCAUCGUAUAGAUUUUUCACUCGCCUGACUUUUUCCAAAUCUUCAGAGCCAUAACAUUCCUAGGAUAUGUUAAAAGCAUUAAUGGUGACAAAACAUUAGGAGUAUUUAUUUAAAAGAUAUUGUUAAAUAAUUGCUUAUAUCAAGCCUACUUCUAAUAUUUUUCUUUGUUCAGGAGUGACACGUUGCAAAGCAGAAACUAUUAGCCACGUGCAUUUUCCCUCCUGUAUAUCCGUAGAAUUUUUACCAAUAAUUUUUGUAUCGCCAUAACAAUCCAGAUAAUCAUCUUGAAUUUGAUAAAAGUGGCCCAUCUCUAAUAAAAGUGCUUCUACUUGUCUGUGCAGUUCUGGAUCUUUCACGUUCGCCUAUAAUUUGUAAAAGUGUAUUUUAUAAAACAAUUGGAUAAAACUAUUACGGUUAGCUAGCAUAUGUAAUUUUUAUCCAAUUCGAAGUUUACUUACUGCACACAUAGCCAACUUAACUGGUAGCACAAAGGCAUAAUAGGCCGUUUUGUUCUUGAUGAUUGAAUUAUAUCGAUCCAUCGUAAAUACAUCUAAAUUUGCUGUCUUACCAAAAUUGGUCGAUAAUAGAUCUAAACAUUGUCCUAUUGUCGUCUUCAAGAUAUACUAUUUAUAAUGAAAAUAAUAAGUUUGUCUAACGGUUUAACGUGCCAAAUAAAUAAAAUAAGACGAGUACAUACGUCAUGAAAUAACUCCACUAAGUCGACAUAAUAUUCUUUUUCUUUGAAAUAAAGUUUUAAUAUUUGAUAAAUAGUGUUUUCUAUCAUAAAUCCAUCGUUAAUGGCUGCUAGACCAAUAUCAUCAAAAAGAUACCAACAAGGUUGAUUUCUUCGUAUUUGAGAUUUAUCUUGAAUAUCGUCUAUUAUCAAUAGAAAUCCUUGAAGCUGUACAUACAUAUAUAUGUUAUUAACGUUAAAAUAUUAAAUUUAUCAUAUAUAUAUAUAUAACGAGUGUAUUCACAAUAAGUCAAAAAAAUGCACAAACCAAUUCCAUGCACCAGCCUAGUAUACGCACUAGGUGAAUAUUUUCAUUUGUCAGUUUUUCUUGAGGUGUAAGCAUUUGAUAAGUACGAAUCAAGGUCAAUGCUCGCCUUUUCCUUCCGUGGAGAACAUUAUACUGCAAUGACUGAAAAAAAAUUUCGCUCGCAUAUUUAAAUUUAAUUCUGGAGAAACGUCUGUUAUUACAAAAGGUUUAAAUAUUACCUUGACCAUCCACUUGGAGACAUCAGGUAAAUCUAAGUAAUGAUCUGUAUUAAUAAGAUCGUGAAGGAGAGCGGGCCAUACAUUCAUCAAUUCGCUAAUUUCGUGUUCGUUUAUUGCGUUGGUUGCUUCUGUCAUGAAAUGCGCCGUCAUCCGGGUCUUUGUGUUCGUCAUUCUAAAAAUAAGUAUCAAUUUAUUCGCACACGUAUGGAUGAAUUUUUUUUUUUUUUCGUACAUAUAAUGUGUGUAUAUGUAUAUACAAUAACAUCGUAUAUAUAAUAAUGAUACAAGAAAUAUUUGUUUUUACCGUAAAAAGAAUUCGACAGUAAACGCUACUCUAUAUCUCCAAAUUCGAACAUAGAUAGCCUCGGUUGGGCCUCUUGAAUUUAUACCGGUGUAUGAGCAUGUAAAUUAUAAUGACAAUACAGUAGGUCGUAGAAGAGAUCAUAUUUAGAAUUAAAAACGGAUAAAGUUUUACAUAAAUGUAACGCUUCUUUUUCUCAUCUCUUUUUGUCAUUGCUUCACAUCGAUAAUAUCGGAAAUAUGAAUGUCGUAACGUAUGACUAGGAGAAGAUUUCACGCGUAACAUUUGUGAUUAUAAGAUAAAUUACGAAACUAUGUGAUUUCUAAUCGAAUAUAUGAAGUUUAUUUUGAUAGAACGUAUAUUACGAAAGUAUGUCCUUGUUCGAAGAAAGUGCACAAACGAACGCUAUUUCCGAAGAAAAUAUCAAAGAAAAAAGUUUCGGUUACGAGGUACGAUCAAAUUUAUCAACAACAACCGAAUUCGAAAUUCCUUGCAGUCAUCGGUUUCGUUAAAUUAUAUCUCAUUUAAAUGUAAAUUUAUUCAAACUCGUUAAACGUAUAAAUAGAAAGACGAGCUAAUUGGAAAUAUAAGCGAUUCUUGGACAGUAAUCGUAAAGGCGAUAACGCAUCGUGGAACACAGACGAUAAUACAAUGUAAUCCUAAUUUAACAAAGGAGGAGUUUAUUGACAUGCUCGUUAAGACGAAACUAUAAAUACCGCACGGAACACAGCAGUAUCGAGUCUAUUAUUUUUUUUUUGUUUCCUAACAUUAUCGAGAUACGCCGCCAUCAAGCAAAACGGCACAUUUAAACACGCAAGGACAAAAAUAUAUUCUAUAUAUAGCAAUUCCACGAUGUUCAUUGAUCUGAAACAAUAUAACUACAAUCACCGGACCGAAGGAAAGGAGCCUUUUCAGAAAUUGAUAGGACUAGGGAAAUAUGCUUACAUCGGAGCUUGCGUGACAGCUGCGUACGAAUGUAGCGUAGUACGACAACCGCAUAAUUUUAGAAUGGCCUUUGUUCAGGGUGGAAAACACUUUUUAGUUUGGUUGGGUGCAUCUGCAACGUUUACAACCGCAGUACUGUGUUUAACAAAUAUCAGAAAAAAGGAUGAUCCAUGGAAUUAUUUUUUUGGCAGUAGCAUUAGCUAGCGGCGGUUUUGUUUACUCCUUUCUUCAGAGGGGUCAGCUCGUAUCCUUUCUAACUUUAUACGCAGCCGUAGGAGCAGCGGUAUGGAAAUAUAAGCUCAUGCAUGGUUACAAACCGUUGGAUCGCAACUUUAAAUUUCGAAUUUCUGCGCAUUACUUUAAUUUUGAUAAAACACCAGAUGUAAGAUACGAGAAACCGUAUUAAUUUAUUCCUUAUAUGUACAAUGAAAAAUUAUUGGAUUACAAUAAUAUCGUUUGACUGGUCUAUAAGGUCAGCUCGAAGUAACGUUUAUGGGAUACAUUCGAAGUAGUAAAAUGCUGUAAUUCCUCCACGCAUAAAUGUACACCGCGUGAGAUCCAUAAUAAAGAUGUCGACGAUGGCUUGUUACUGCAGUUUA